UGUUGUUGCUGUCCUGCCCCAGGGGAGGCUGAUGCAUGUGUCACCUCUGCUGUUCUUUCCAGAAGAUGAAGGUGCUGCUGAGGCUGACUCUGGUGCUGACAUGGCUGGAGCGAUGCAGAGGGUCGGCUGGAUGGGUGUUCAUGGAGCCGCAGCUUCGAGCCAGUGCUGGGGACUCUGUGCUGCUGCAGUGCCUCUUCCUAGACCCACUGGCUAAGGGCUGGACCAUGGCCAAAGUGGACUGGCUGCGCCUGGCAGGAGCUGGCACGCAGAAGCAGGAGGAGAUGGUGUUUUAUUACUACAGCAACCAUAGCAUCCCUGUGGGCCGUUUUCGGGAGCGGGUGCAGUGGCAAGGGGACAUCUCCUGCUGGGACGGUUCCAUCCAGCUGCGGGACGUGCAGGUGAAUGACAGUGGCACAUAUGUGUGUGAGAUCCGGCUGCUCCAGCGCAGCAGCAUCUUCAAGAACCACACAGUGCUGCACGUCAGCCCCACGGAACAGAGAGCAGGACGCGGAACAGCACGCACCCAGGAUGCUGCAGCCCUAGGAAACACUGGGUUUUGGCCUCUAGCUGUGGGCUGUGGCUGUGUGGCCGUUGUGCUGGCUUUCCUGGCUGGGCUCAGCCUGAGGAAGAGGUCUGCAGCCAACACGGCCCUGGAGAGGACUGGGAAUGGUGGCAGCAAGAACAGAGCAGAGGAAGCACUUUACUCCUCAAUCCCCGGAGCUGAGGUACCCAAGGCUGAAAAGGGAGCAGGGAAGAAGAAGAGAGCCGAGGAGACCUACAUAACCAUGCAUCCUUCUCGCUUCCAGGAGAACGGUGUCUACGUGGAGCUGGCCAGGAGAGUGAUCCCAGCUGAAUGGAUGAGAGAAGGGAGACAGGGUGAUGGACAAAGCGAGGAACCCUACAGUGGACCAGAGGUGACACUUCCAAGGGCUCCGGAGCAGGACAAAUAGCAGUGCUGGGGGAUGUAACCCCUUAUCCAGCAGGUGUGUGCAAGGCAUCUCUGCUCCUCUGGGCAGGCAGCGUUCUGCUGCUGUCAGCCCUUCCUCUACUGAGCGGUGCCACUUCACCGUGUGCUCCCUGCCAGAGUCAUUGCUGGGGCACAUCCCACCCAGGAUGCCUGUGGGGACCAGGGAAGCUGUGUCUCUCUGGCUCUCAUCUCCUGGUCUCUGGAGGAGGGAACAGUGGGUACAGCUCCCCCACUGUAGCUUUGAUGCUGGUCCAUGCAGCUCCAAGUCCCGAGAUAACCAUCUCCAAGGAGAGCCUGGCGGGGGGGACAGGGGUGAUGCAGCAGGAGCAGUGCAGGCAUGCCAAUAGUAUCUUCUGAAGAUAAUAAAACUCAGGGAGUCUUCCCUGUUCCUGGCUUACUUUUA